AAGAAUCAAUAUGGCGGCCACAGUCUUCAAAAUUAAGAUAGAAUAUGUUUACUGUAAUUCAGGGACUUAAAAUUAACAUUACACUGUUACCUGAUGGUAGACCACAAAGAAGAGCAGGAGCUUGAAUUAGAAGCUCUGACUUCCAUUUAUCCAGAAGAAUUUUCACGUAAGAAUGCAAUAAGCUUAUUUUAAUUUUAAAUUAGACUCAUAUUUAAAUUGUUAAAGUUACUAUUAACAAUUUCAUCCCCGCAGCACUCAAUAAAAUGUCCGUUCACACUUUGCAAUUGAGUUAUGCAGUGAUGUAGUACCCUCAAAACUGGAUCAAUCUAACUAUGACUAGUGUACACACAUUAUAUAAUAUAUACUAUACAUGUAAUUAUAUAUCUUGUAGUAAUUAUAAUCGCAUUAUUAUUCAUUCAAAAUAAAUUAUUUGCCGUUUUUGAUUGGCUUUGAUCCCCAGCUAGUUUCAAGGCUAGUCCAAGUUUUAUCCUAAUAGGACCUUAUUUAGCACCAUGUAGUAUAUUCCCUUGACUUUGCCGAUGCUUAAAGUCCCCUGAUCAGGACUCAUGCCACAGACAAGUGAAUCUACAUGUAGUAAAUGACCUUCUUUGCCAUGAGUACAUCUUCAUAGCUCAGGGGACAGUGGAUAGAGCACUGCUCGGUGUUUCUAAGGUCAUGGGUUCAAAUCCUCUUAAGCCAUUUCAAGUCCUCUUAAGCCAUAUACCAGCCAAUUCUCACACAUUACAUGCUAAAGAGAUCAAUCCCAUGCAUCAAGGACAAUUUCUCACACCUGACUCACAAAUCAAAGAAACUAUUUUUUAAGACAUGAUUAAAAAUGAAACCUCUAUUCAAUUCCCCUUACUUUGUGCCCUAAUUUUAGCAUACUGGUAAUACAUGUAGGCUAUAAUUGUCACCUUUUGAAUAGCUUCGGAAUUGCUCAAGGUCAUUGUAUCAUCUUCAGACAUUUUCGGCAAUUUUCAGAAGUCUUCAGAAAAUCAUCGGAAAUCUUUGGAAAUCGAUGGAACGUUUUCGGAAAUCCAGGCCAUGGCAAGAGGAAAACCUCACACAUUUAACUCAGAAAAAGUUGGCUGGUAUAUAUUAAGGACUCAAGAUUUUUUAUCUUGUUCCAUGGUCAUGACUAGAAAAUUUAUUGUUAUGACAUGAUGUACAGUGCAAUUACUUAGCUCUGGAAAAAGGAGAAAAUGGUUAUAUUCAUUUGGAAAUUCUUUUGUGAUUUAUUCUUUAGUAAUUGAAAGUGAUCCGUGUUGUUUUCAAGUGUCAAUUGCUUGUGAACCAGACAAACCUGAAGAUGAAGACUGUAAAGGUAGUGUUGUUUCAUAUUACAUUCACAUUAAAAUGAUUUAGUUUAAACCAUGUCAAGGUUUCUUGUCAGCAGCUGUUUUGAGGUGAUGUCUGACUAUUAACUCAUUUCACCUGGGUCCUAUGAAUAUCAUCAGUUUUAUUGGUCAUAGACAAUUUUAUCACCUAUAUCAAACAUGUAACUUGUGCGGGGAUAAGAGAUCUCUCAAACCAUAACUGAAUGAGUAUGAUUAAGUCAAACUAGAAAAUUCCAAUGAAAAUCUUGUUCCACCAACCACCUGUACUUCCUCUUACAUUAACAUGUUUAGUUUACAAUCCUUGUUUAUCUAUUGUUGUUUACCAAUACAGCAACUCCUCAAAGACAGGAUUAUUAGCCGGUGUAAUUAAAAAUAAAAAAAAUAAAACUUUAAAACAAAAACAAAGACAAAACUCAAAACAUCAAUAACAGAGAAGAAGGUGUGUUUCUUUCUUUCUUUUUUAUCAGUAUGUAAUUGUGUGUGAGUCUGUGACGUAUAUAAAUUAUGUUUAUUUUUGUUUUGUUUUUUUUUGUAUUUUUCCUACCUGUUCAUAAGUCAGUGUGUAAAAAAAUGUAAUACAUGAAAAAAUAAAAAUUCAUUAAAAUACAAAAAAAAAAAACCAGAUAACUAGUUGAUUAGUUAGUAGCUCAAUUCAGGAAAAAAUUAAUGUGUUCAAAAUCACUCCAACUGUUGAUGGGUAAUUCUAGACACACUGGCCCAGAACUGAGCAGGAUCAGCGGAGAGAGUAAGACAUCUGGAGGCAGGUAGUUCCACUGAACUAUAGUUCUGGGAUAGAAAGACAGUCUGUGAGAGGUUGUACAGGUGGAAAUCAGGACAAAAGAGUGAUCAUGGACAUUUCCACUUCUGCGUGUUAGUGAAUGCAAGUUGUCACCUGGGUUGAUUGUAGCUAAAUUAUUAGAGAUCCUAUACACCAUGGUAAUGCAUGCAUCAACUCUUCCCUGCUGUAAGGCUCUCCCGUUGAUCUCUUUAAGCAUUUCUGUCACACUUUCUAAUUGUUGGUAUCUCCCCAGUGUAGGAACCAUUGGCUUCUAUGCCUUUACGAGGGUCCCAACUGGGGGCGUAGUAUAGAUUUUAGAGUAGGCAAAUGUACUCUCUGGUUUUGCUUUAGAAAGUGUCCUGUAUCCCUUACUGGUCACCUUGCUAAUAUGGGUGUUCCAUUUCAGGUCUUAGGAUAAAAGAACACCGAGGUAUUUGGUGUUUGGGACUGUUUUUAGUGGCACCCCAUGGAGGGUGUAAUUAAGCGGGAAUAAAGUUCUCUUUCGGUACACCUGGAAGAUAUCACAUUUUUCCGGAUUAAAACUCAUCAGCUAGUCUUGUUCCCUUGUAUCUGUCUGCAAUCGGAGACCGCUCUCUUGAGAGUUGAUUGUCAAGUAUUUCUUAUGACAUACUACAAAAACAACAACAACAACAAUUUAUUUCAUUUUUAAAGAACGAUAUUUCAAACAUUGACAACCCGCAGGUAGCAUAGCUAAUCGAGGCAGGUUGUCAGAAAUAAGAACAAAAAUUAACAUUUGCUCCUAGUAAUAUGACUAAAAAGGAAACUCAUUAUAUAGACUAUGUAGUAUAAACAGUUAGUUGAAAAAAAGAAUAUUAGAUACAAUGGUUAUAGCUUACUUUAUAUUAAUCGUAGAUUUCAGUUAUGACUGCUGCUUCGCUAUUUUAUUUAAGCGAGUGGGUGAGUCAACAUAACUCUCUUCAGCGUCAAAAAUUUGAAAGAGGAGAUCUUGAAUUUUUUGUUCAAAUGCAGUCGAUAGAAGUCUUCGUAUUUCAAGUGGAAGACAAUUCCAUACUUUGGCUCCAAAAACUGCAAUAGAAUUACUCAGUUGGUUUGUGCACGAAUACUUGAUAUAAAAAUUUUCUGAUGUGGAAGCCCUGGUAUUAUGGGAGAGAACUGAACUACAUCUGAUAAAGCUUAUUGCAGAUUUUUUCCAGAGCAGAGUUUUUGAGAUAUCAUACAUGAGAUUCGACACUCACUCAAAGUACAGCAAAUUUAGAGGUAAACACUUGUCGAAAGCUUUAGAAAACUCCAUAAUAAUUAGGUCGGUCUGAUUGCCAGAAGCUAGCCCAGUUAGAAAGGAGGUUAGUGGUUACUAGUUCCAGUGAUUGUGUCUCACAGGAAUGACCCUGAAGAGAGCCAUGCUGUAAGUGGUGUAGGAUGUUAUACUCAUCGAGGGGGACAUCAUGCAGCUAGUGAUAAUGUGUUCCAUUAGUCUACUACAGAUAAAGGUGAGCAAGAUUGGAAGAUAGUUGGUAGGACUGUCCUUGUCACACUUUUUAAGGACAAGAGUGAUCAUUGCCAUUUUCCAGUCGUUGGGGACUGUGUGUGUGGAGGGUGAUCUUGUGAAAAUAUCAUGGAGAAGGGGUGCGAUGAAAGGUUCCGCUUCUUUGAGCACCUUGGGCUGAAUUUCAUCAAGACCAGCAGCCUUAUUUGGCUUGAGAUUUUAGAGCAGUUUCUUGAUCCCUGCAGAUGUAAUGCAGAUGUUUGCGUAGAUGGUCAGGGGCUGCAGGUUGCUCUUGGGAGGUCAGAGCUGCUGGCUGCCCUGGAGAAAGUGGAACAAUUAAAAGGUGUCGUUUAGCAGGGAAGCCUUUGCUGUCGGGUCAGACACAGUUUUGACUUGAUUUUUCAAGGAUGGAAUACUCAGGGAGUUGGUUCUCGAGUGCUCGAAUAUUGACCAGGAACGUUCAAUUACUAGCUGGGUAUCAGACAAGUCUGUUGGUGUGAUCACAUCUGCAACGUACUUCCAAUAUGCUCUUAGUUUCUUUUGAAGUAGAUGCUUAAUAAUUGAGACAGACAAGUGUAAAGUUAAUCAGAAAUACUAGUACAAAAGGCAGGGUUGAAUAAAGCAUAAAUCACAUGCAAAAGUUAUGGCUAUUUAUUUUUAAGCAAAGUUUUUUGGGUUUAAUUCAAAUCAUCAAUUAAUUUAUGCUAAACCCUUCAUUUAGUGACCUGCUUACUAAUAAAUAUUUGAUUUGACUUAUUCAAAUGGAACUCUUCUUUUACUUGGGGAUUAUUGAUGUUAAAAUACAAUAUUAUUGCUGGCACUACAGUACAACAUGCAUGAUUGAAAUGCCAUUAUAAGCUAAACAGAAUGCCAUUGAUUUUAAUUUUCACAGUGCAUGCUAAAUUACAGUUCACCUACGUCAACACAUAUCCUGACGAUCCUCCUCUCAUUGAAGUACCAUCAUAUGAAGGGAUGGAUGAUUCAGAAGCAGAGAAUCUUCGAGAGUUUUUAGACCAAGAGGUGAUUACAUUUGACUGAUUAUCAAACAAGUCUUGCAGCAUAUUCUGGAAAUCAUUUAUUGUUAGCAUGUUCCAGGGGUGCCUGUCAUUUACGUGAGGAUAACCUGAAAUUCCAAUUGGAAAAUCAAACCGAUUGCUUCAUUUCAUUUGGGAAGCUUCAGAAAACAUGGCCUGUGAUUUGCAGUGUAGAUUGCAAGCAGUCUCUCUUUUUCUUCAGAUUUAGUAUGCGCGCACGAGCGUUGAGUGGCAAAGCCGCGAGAUGCGAGAAAUAAGGGCGGCAGCCCGAGAAGACUCUAACCCUAUGCACUGCAUAAGCUUCGCUUUUUAAAAAAAGAAAUGUAGAAAAACCUCUGUUGUUCAAGCAAACUCUAAGGUCACGUUUCACGUGCCUGGCCUGUCAAUACCUCAGUUUUCACACCAAAAAAUCACUAGACCGUGAAAGACCAUUCUCUCUGGCUUUGCAGGUAGUCUCUCUUUUGUCGUGGCUCUCCUGUCUCGUGCCUUAAGUCACGCGCGUGGUCAUUUGCAUGUCUCGGGCGUUUUGUUCAACAGACCAAGAAAACAGAGAGACUGCUCGUAGUCUAUUUGCGCGUGCGGUGAUGCAAUUUUUGUGAUCUUUUAGUUUGUUCAGCUGAUUUGGAUAUACUUUAUAGCAGAUCAUUUUCUCACCAUGUCAAAUUUUAUAGUUUUAUGUUUAUGCACAAGAUUUCCACCAGGGUGGUUUGCAUAAAUGAAGCAUCCCAGGUGUGAAAUUUGAGUUCAGAUAAGGAAGCUUAAAAAGCAAAUUCACUUUUUUCUUUUUGACUACAAUUUAUUGAUUGGAUGCACUUAAAAGAAUAGAAAAAAUUCUCAUAGAAAGUGCUUUUAACAAAGGAAAAUAAAACCUGGAUUAAUAAUAACAAUAAUAAUAGUUAUAGAAGGAGCCCAACUCGCCAAGGCGGUUAAAAUUUAACCCCACUAAUCAGCCUUCGAACAACUGGGCCCUGUGCUCCCCAGGACCUUGUGAGUGAAUACCACUUAUGACAUAAUCAGUUUAACUUCCUCUCCCACUGCUAAUAGCCAAGCUCUCACGGGCACAGCGGAGUACCACUGGUAAUAAAAUUUGGUUAUCUAUAUGCAUCCAAGAAAUUUUGGUAGUGACAUUCAGACAAAAUCGUCUGUCCUUAAGUAUACACACCUUCAUGUUAGCAGAUGUGAAAGGUCACACUAGCUUGGAGUCCAAGCUACACUGUGCACAAUGUUUAACUUGAUAUUGGACAUCCAUGUUAUGGUAAAUUGACAGCUGUCAAAAAAGGUAUCCACUGACUAGUGUCUCAUGACUGUAUUGCAGGCUCAGGUGUACAACUCAUGGUAGUGAUUUGUUUAUUUAAAAGUUCUCUGCUGACCAGUUAUUGGUUUUCAAUUGAUUGCAGGCUCAGAUCCAUUUUUUCAGGGCAAAUCCAGUGUGCUUCCUGCUUAUGGCAAAAGUUUAUUAGUGAAGAAAGAUCCUAUGAGAGCUUCGCUUUUGUUCUUGGCUAAAUCUGCAUAUUAUUUGAAAUUGACAAGUAUUAUCUAAUUGCAUGUCUUGACUCCUUUUUUAGGCACAAGAAAAUCUUGGAAUGGCAAUGAUAUUCACUUUAGUAUCAGCUGCGCAAGAAAAGUUAAAUGAGUUUGUGGACAAGUUAAAAAAUAGAAAAGAAGAGGAAAAAUUAAGAAAAGAAAGAGAAGCAGAGGAAGCAGAAAAGAACAAAUUUACAGGAACACCAGUUACUCUAGAGACAUUCUUGGCAUGGAGAAGAGCAUUUGAGCAAGAAACGUUACAAAGUGGAAAGAAUAAAGAACAAAAUUUUAAAGGAAAGUUAACAGGUAAAGAAGCUAAUUGUGUGUUUUCAGAUGACGUCAUAGCGGCCAUAUUUGUGUCCCAAAACAAUGAAAUGGCAGCCCUGUUUGUGUCCCAAACCGGUCUUGUGAGAGUUGAAAUUUUUUCUUAUGUAAAUGCUUUCUUUUGUUCCAAUAAAUUUGCAUAAAUGCUGGCCACGUGAGUGAAAACACAGAACACUUACUGCAACUCCUUUCUGUUCACUGAUUGAGUUGCCCGCAGUAUGAUUUAAUUUACAGUACAGUGAAACCUGUAUUAAGCGGACACUGUAUUAAGCGGACAGUAGCCGAAGACCUAAAAUUUAUUUCCCUUAUUUACUUUAAGUGAAACCUUUAUCAAGGGGACACCUCUAUUUAGUGGACGCGGACACCUAAAAAGUACCUUAAACGGACACUUGUAAUCAAAUUCCACCAUCCAACAUGCCAGACACCGGAAAUGCGAAAGAUUGCCUUGAAUUUCCACCCACAACUUUUUCGAUUUUUACAUUAAAAAACGUGACUUGACAAACUUAUUUGACUGGUUUCACUGUACAGUAUUGUUUUCUAUUUCGUUUUGUUUGUAUAGAGCUUGUUUCACUCAUCUGAUUUCUUCAAAUUUGAGUUGCAAUCUAUGUUUAUGAUCAAUGGACUACUUUGAUAAAGAAAUUAAUGCAAACGUAUAUCGUCAAAGUCUCUGGGAGUAUUCUUAACAUUUCCACUGUUCAUUUGAAUGGCAUUUGACACCUCAUAUGACGUUAUCUAUCGAAAUCUGUAUUAGGCAGACACCCUGUAUUAAGCGGACACUACAGCAUUCCCUGAGGGUGUCCGUUUAAUACAGGUUUCACUGUAUACUCUCAUAACAGACACCUCUAAAAGAAGGACGCCUCAAUAAAAUGGAUAUCCAGAGUUUGUCCCUUUAUUUCACUCUCUUUAAGAUGACCGUUACUCUUAAACAGACACUUAGAGCCCGUUCCAAAGGUGUCCAACCUAGAGAGAGUUGUCUGUACUCUUACAUUAUUGUAAAGCUAAAGGUUUCUAAUUCUCAAUUUUCUUGGCACGUUUUCUUCAUAAAGAGCAGCGGGUGGAACUUUUUUUUCUCCACCCUGCGUUUUCAGAGACACGGCCAGUUGCAAGAAAAGGUGUUAAAAUGCAUAGCACUAUGAUUAAAUGUCAUGGGUUAAAGUAUUUAAUCAAGGGGAGUCUCCAUUUUGGAACACCUACGAGGCCUAAUAGCCAGUAAAGAAAAUUAGUGGUCCUCUUUGUUUUUAUUUGUUUUAUUUAUUUAAUAUUUUCCAAGUACUUGCUCUCCAUCUGUACGAUGAUUCUUAGCAAGAGGUCAGCGGCCUCCCUAAUGGUAAUAACUAAUAACAAGAAUAAAAUACAAUGUAACGGAGGUACACAUAUUGUUUUCUUUGGUGAGAAUGUUUAGUCAAUGUUGUCUUCAUUGUCAUUUUUGGUACAGGUUUUCAUACUUUAUCAUUAAUGCUUAGCCAACAUAUAAUAAUGGAAAUUGAAAUAUUUGUUCACUGAUGUUCUUUGUGUCUAGGUAAACAACUUUUUGAACAAGAUUCAUCAAUGGAAAACUCGGAUGCAGCUUUCCUUGAAGGUGAGUAGUGGGUAGCCUGGCAAAUUGAUCCGUGUAUGAAAAAGGCUUGCCACUUUAGAAACGAGAAAGGAAAUGGAGCCGAAAUGCGUCCAACAAUUGUUUCUGGGAUAAUUACUGGGGGUGUGCCGUUCAGCUGUUGGCCAUUUUUUUCUCCUGUCCUUAGUAAUUGUUUGAAGCACCUCUGCGUGCUGGGAGACAGUCACGAAGUUCUGAGCUCCAUAGGAGUACUUAAGUUUCGAACGAAAAAUGUUUGACUUAAUUUAUCUUCUUUUCUAAACUAAACUCUAUUUUCAUGUAAAUUCUUCGAGAAAAACUUCUGUUGUAUUUACCCCCAACAUGGUCGCCUUGGCACGUGGUUGCAAACCAAGAAUAAUAACAUGAUGACGGUGUCAAUUAGAAUUGAUAACAAGAUCGGGUUGACUGACAGUUGUGGCUCAAAAUACCAAAAUCACAACGUAACUUUUCUAAGACCUGAAGAUGUAAAUUUGAUUGCUUCAAUGCACCUGCAUUGUGCGCCACUUUUAAAUUAAAGAGGUCUUUUAUCUACACUAGCGCUUAUUUUCGUCGCAAUAUCUUCAAUAACGAUCUCUUCGGUUUUACACCACUAACUCUAAGCCUUUCUUUCGACAAUUUACUGAUCACGAUCAUUUUCUGACGCCCCACGUCGAAUACAAGAGAUAUUGUCUUCGAGUUGCGAUUUGUCGAGAAUCGUCCUGUGAUCUUCCACAGCGGUCACCAACAUACAUCAUCAGAGCCAAUCAUGAUGUAGCAGCUAAACAUAUCAUCAGGAAUGUAGUAAAAGAAGAAUUUUUUUCUUUUAGGUGAAGUGAAAGUAGACGAAUCUCUGUUUCAAGAAAUGGACGAUUUAGACCUCGAUGAUGAAGAUUUAGAAUAA